AUGGUCAAGAGCUGCGUGUUGCUGUUCUGGGCGUGCCUCGUUAUCGGGCUGGUGUUGGCCUCGCACGUCCUUGGCGCCCCCAAGGCCGACCUCUUUGACUUCUAUGCGGACAGCGACGAACUCGAUCUUGAAGAUGUACCGCUCACGCCCGAGGAAGAAGCCGAAGAGGCUCUUUUCGCCUCGUUCUCCCCCGACGACGACGAGUUCAUGGAGAUCUUGAACAACGAAGACGAGGCUGUCCUCACCGGGCGCCAGACCACCGUCGACAUCAUUCAGCAGUUGAAGGAUCUCAGGGAUCGCCGCCUCAGGGAAGCCGAGAAGCCUAAGGAGGAGCUCCAGCGGGUGCAGGGCCAGCAAGAGCUCAAGGAGGAGGUGGCCGCCAAAGAAGCUGAAGUGUCGGCAGCCGAUGCUAAGAAGGCCGAGGCGGUGGUGGCGCUGACGGCGAAGUCGUUCGACGAGGCCCUGCAGAAGUACCCCUAUGCCUUCAUUGAGUUCUACGCGCCGUGGUGCGGCCACUGCAAGAAGCUGGCGCCCGAGUUGGAAGACGCUGCUCGCCAGCUUGCCGGCCAGCCGGGAGUGCUUGUGGCCAAGGUCGACUGUACCGUGGAGGAGGUGCUCGGUCGUCGCUUCGACGUGCGCGGCUAUCCCACCAUGAAGUUCUUCCGUCACGGCAAGUACCUUCAGGACUAUGAGCUCGGCAGGACCGCGGCCGAGUUGGUGGCGUUCAUUAAGAAGAAGAGCGUGCCGAUUACUGUCGCCCUCAACACAGUCGAGGAGGUGAACGACUUCAUGGCCGCCCACCCGACCUCGCUGAUCGUCUACGCUGAACCCAAUUCCGAUGCGCUGCUCGGCGUCCGGGACACGGCCAACCAGGCCGUCGUCGAGGGCUUCGCCUUUGGCGAGGUUUCCGACCCCGAGCUCAUCGUCAAGCUCGGUGAGCAGGUGGACACCGUCAAGGUGUACAGGAGCUUCGCGCCGGAUGAACCGCACGUGCUGCGCAACCCCACGCCGGCCUCCAUCCUGGGCGCUGUUCUCGCUUACGGAUUCCCCUACGUGAACAACGGACCGGAGGCCUGGGACAGAGUGAUGAGCAGGAAGGUGCCCAUCAUCAUUCUCUUUGUUGACAUGGAGGGCGAAGGCGUCCAGAACACCCUGGAUUGGUUCACCGAAGUUGCCAAGGAGAACAUCCACCGCUUCAGCUUCCUCUACGCUGGCAAGGACUUCCACUCGCGCCUUCCCACCUUGGGCGCGAGCGGCGACAUUAUCCCGACCAUUGUGGCCGUCGAUGCUGAAACUACCAAGAGCUGGCCCUUCGACGAGUCCAAGGAUCUGAACCGCGAAAACGUCGAAGCUUUGCUCUCGGGCAUCGCCGACCGCACUCUGCGACCGCACUACACCUCGGAGAGGCCGCCUGAAGACAACUCUGGCGAUGUGCUCGUCGUGGUGGGUGACACCUUCGAGGAGCUCGUCCUCAACAACGACAAGGACGUCCUCAUCGAAUUCUACGCUCCCUGGUGUGGCCACUGCAAGCAAAUGGCGCCCACGUGGGAGAAGGUGGGUCAGCACUUCGCCCAGGACCCCGACAUUGUUGUGGCCAAGAUCGAUGCUUCGGCCAACGACAAUCCAGCCGUUGUUGUAGCGGGAUACCCCACCAUCUUCCUAUUCCCGGCCGGUAACAAGAGCAACCCGAUUGAGUACAAGGGGCUCACUCGCCACUUUGAUGAUUUCGUUGCGUUUGUCGAGGACAACGCCACGAUACUGGCGACUGGCAUGCUGAUGGCCACGACCAUGACGACCUGUAACGCUCGCGUGGACGUAGAUUGA